GAAAACUAACUGUACUCCCGUCUCCUGCCUGGUCAUUUCUCCACAACACAAAUAUUACAGUGGCGACGACGUGAUUAAACUACAUAAACGGACAUUGCUUGAAGGGAAGAAUGUUGCGUGAGUAAUGAAACUCAAAAUAAUUAUGUAAUUCGUCAGUUAUUUUUUUUAUUUUCUUUCGCCAGUAGAGAAGGCUAAGCACUGCUAGUACUGCUAGUACAGUAUUCAGGAGCUGCAAAGUCGCAAGACUAUUGGAGUCCAGAAUAGCGACACUGCCCUCUGGUGGUAAAAAAAAAACUGUCUCAUUGAACGCAUUGAAAUUAGGCGAUCUCAGUGGAGAAAUAUUGGCAAGAAAAAAAAGGAAGAAGGAACGUAACACGGUGUGUACAUUAUUACAAAUGAGUGCAGUGAAUGAAGUAAUUGCAGAAACUUCUGAAGUGAAGAAUUAGAUGAAAAUUAAGGAAUAAGGAAACUGAACAAUUAACUGUGAAAAUGGCAACCAUUGGUCGAGUACCAGAGUUUGAGGCUACAAAAGAGGAUUUUGAUUCCUAUUUGGAGCUUUUUGAGCGUUGGCUGGCUGCAAAUGAAAUCAAAGAUGGAAAGAAAACGGGCGUAUUUCUCAGUGUUUUGGGUCCAACUGAGUAUGGAUUGCUGAAAGGUCUCAUUGAACCAAUGAAAGCAGUGGAGUUGAACUAUGCAGAACUGACUGAAACUCUUUCAAGGUAUUUCAAGCCUAAGCCAAUUCUCAUUGCAGAACGUUUCAGAUUUUACCAACGUCACCAGAGUCAAGGGGAAACCGUGGCUGACUACAUCCUUGCUUUGAAAAGGUUGGCAAGUACAUGUGAGUUUGCACGAUUUCUUGAUGAUGCUCUCCGAGACAAGUUUGUAUGGGAUCUCACAGGUGAAGCAUAUCACAGAAGGCUCCUGUCAGGUCCUUUAAGAAAGCCUGUGAUAUAGCACUUGGACUCGAGCUUGCCCACAGGGAUACUAUUGAGCUAUCGGGACAUGCAGAAUGUCAGAAAGGUGUUCACAAGGUCAGUGAUGCACGUGGUGGAAAAAGCUCACAAAAGUCACACUUUUUUCAGUCCCGUCCUCAAGGUUACACAAGAACAAAGCAGCCCACAUCUCAAAGGUCUAAGCCAAGUUGCUACAGAUGUGGGGGAGAUAAUCAUCAGCACAGUGAAUGUUGAUUCCAAAAUGAAAAGUGACACAAUUGUGGAAAGGUUGGACAUUUACAGAGAGUGUGUAAGGCCUCACAAUGCACAGCAAGAGCGCACAAAGUGUCAGACGCAGCACAAGAAGAGGAAGGUACAACUGAAACAGUAGUGGAACUGUUCACAGUGUACUCAGCUCAACAACUAAAAGAUGGAAUCUAUCUCAACAUGGAGUUAGCGGGAAAACCAGUCAAAAUGCAGCUGGACACCGGAGCGUCUGUAUCUCUGGUUCCAGAAAGACUCUACAAAGAAAAACUGAAAGAGUGCCCUCUUCAGCCUGCGUCCAUCCACCUUUCUUCAUACACUGGUGACACUAUUCCUGUGUUAGGGCAGAUCCAGGUACCAGUCCGGUAUGAGGGGAAGGAGUGGACGCUACCGCUUGUCAUUGUUAAAGGAGAAAAAUCAGCCUUGCUAGGCAGAAACUGGCUACAAAAGAUCCAAGUUGAACUGGGGAGAACUCUUCAGUCUGAGAAAUGACAAACUAGUGAGUCGGGCUACACUCACUAACAUGCUGGAGAAGCACAAAGAACGUUUCAAAGAUGGCUACGGUGAAAUACAAGACUUCACAGCAAAAGUCAGAGUGCAAGAAGGAACCAAGCCUAUCUUUCACAAACCACGUCCAGUUCCCUAUGCUCUUAAGGAAGCAGUAGAGAAGGAACUGGACCGCCCACAUAAGAAUAACAUAAUCACGAAAGUAGCGAGAAGCGACUGGGCCGCUCCGAUUGUUGUAGUCCCAAAGAAAGACAAGACCGUCAGAAUGUGCGGUGACUACAAGGUCACAGUAAAUCGCUGCAUACUACCAGAGGAAUAUCCACUACCAAACGCUGAAGAUCUGUUUGCCACUCUGGCUGGUGGGAAGGUUUUCAGUAAGCUGGACCUGGCAUUCGCUUAUCAGCAACUGAAGCUGGAUCCAGAGUCAGAACAGUAUCUGACCAUCAAUACACACAAGGGGCUAUUCAGAUUCAAUCGCUUGGCCUAUGGAAUCUCGACAGCUCCAGCGAUAUUCCAACAAACAAUGGAUAAGAUCUUGGACGGUAUAGACCAUGUUGUGUGCUUCAUGGACGACAUCCUCGUGUCAGAACCAACCAUUGGAGAGCACCUUGUAGUGCUGGACAAAGACUGGAGAAAUACGGAGUGAGAAUGAAACGCAGCAAGUGUGAGUUCCUCCAGGACUCAGUGGAGUAUCUCGGAUACAAGAUUGAUGCACAAGGCCUGCACCCAAACAACAGCAAUGUGGAAGCAAUCGUAAACGCACUAGCACCCACAAAUAUCUCAGAGCUGAGGUCAUUUUUGGGGCUCCUGAACUAUUACGGAAAGUUUGUGGCAAACUUGUCCACAUUGUUGCAUCCGCUUCACCAACUGCUGCAGGCCGAUACAAAGUGGAAUUUGUCCCCACAAUGCGAAGAAGCAUUCAAGACCUGCAAACAGCGUCUGCUAAAGAGCAAGUGGCUUGCCCACUAUAACACAGAGAUGAAGCUGAGGCUCACGUGUGAUCCAUCUCCAUACGGAGUAGGAGCCGUCAUCUCACAUGUUCUACCGUCAGGUGAAGAACACCCUAUUGCAUUUGCAUCACGGACUCUGUCACCAAGUGAGAAAAAUUAUGCUCAAAUUGAGAAGGAAGCCCUGAGCAUAAUAUUCGGAGUGAAGAAGUUUCACAAAUACCUCUACGGAAGGAAGUUCCAACUGCUGACAGAUCACAAACCUCUGUUGGCCAUCCUUGGACCAAAAUCAGCUAUACCAACCCUUGCUGCACUUCGAAUGCAAUGUUGGGCACUGUUAUUGUUAGCCUACGACUACGAGAUUGAGUACAGACGAUCCAGUGAUCACGCAAAUGCCAAUGCACUAUCGAGACUACCGUGCAAUAGUGACUCUGACAGUGAAGAUGAUAGAGCAGUCUUCCAGAUCUCUCUCAUUGAUGAACUGCCCAUAUCUGCUUCUAACAUAGCAGAGGAAACAAGGAAAAACCCAGUGCUUUCCAAAGUCUUGGACUUAACAUUAGGUGGUUGGCCAACCUUCGUAAAUGACGAUAAACCUUGGUCCAUUCAUUGACAAGAAAGACCAGUUGUGGUACCUCACAAAUUCCAGAGGAGACUGCUAUCUGACCUGCACGAGGGACAUCCAGGGAUCACUCGAAUGAAAGCACUCGCUCGCAGUUAUCUGUGGUGGCCUGGACUGGAUCAGGACAUUCAACAGCAUGUAGGCCACUGCUCACCUUGUGAAGCUGUUCGCAACAAGCCUGCUGCUGCACCUCUUCAUCCAUGGUCCUGGGCUGCUACACCUUGGGAACGCAUCCAUGUGGAUUACGCCGAAAUUGACAAGCAACAUUUCCUUGUUGUCGUCGAUGUCCAUUCCAAGUGGAUGGAAGUGUUCCCUACUCAACUGACCACAGCUGAGAAGACCAUCAAUCUUCUCAGACACCUGUUUGCAUCCUUUGGACUAGUCAAGGAGCUCGUAUCGGACAAUGGCCCUCCGUUCACGUCAAGCGAUUUUGAAAUGUUUCUCAAGAACAACGGAGUAAGGCACCACCUUACCAUCCGGCAUCAAAUGGAGCAGCGGAGAGAGCCGUGCAAACCUUUAACUUCUUGCGUCGAGCAAUCCCGGAUCCGGGAUCCUAUUUAUAGCCUCAAGCUCAUUAGCAUAACGCAACGUUAACUAUUCAU